UCAAAAUUGUUAAAUUUUAGGUUAUGUCGUUUUAGUAAACAUCAAAAUAAACGUUAUAAAACGUUAAAAUGAGUGUAGAUCCUCCUCGAAAAAAGUACCGACGACAUGAAGAAGAAAAGGAUUCUGAUUCUGACGAUAAUUAUGUUCCUUACGUUCCGGUUAAAGAAAGAAAACGACAACAAUUGUCGAAAUUGGGAAGAAUUGGACAGUUAAAAGAUGAACAAAGUAAACAAAAAUCAUCAAGCGAAAAUGAUAGCAAUGAAGAAGAUGAAGACAAAGAGAAAGUUUGGGGGCGAAAAUACAAUAUUUCUUUAUUAGAUCAGCAUACAGAGUUAAAAAAAUUAGCAGAAGCUAAAAAGGUUAGUGCUGUUGAAAGACAGCUGAAAAAAGAAGAAGAAAUCCUAGAAAUUGUUGCAGAAAAAAAGGCUUUAAUGGGUGUAUCUGAAUUGGCUAAAGGAAUUCAAUACAGUGAACCUAUAAAAACAAGUUGGACGCCCCCUCGUUAUGUUCUACAAUUACCGAAAAUCCGACAUGAAAAAAUCAGACAUGAGUUAAGAAUUUUAGUUGAAGGUGAAGAAAUUCCACCACCUUUAAAAUCAUUUAAAGAAAUGAAAUUUCAUAAAGCUAUAUUGGAUGGGUUAAAAGAAAAAAAUAUUAAAAAACCAACUCCUAUUCAAGUACAGGGUAUCCCAACUGUAUUAUCUGGAAGAGACAUGAUAGGAAUAGCUUUUACUGGUUCAGGAAAAACAUUGGUUUUUGUUCUCCCCUUAAUUAUGUUUUGUUUUGAACAAGAAUUUAAGUUACCAUUUAUUAAAAACGAAGGUCCUUAUGGAUUAAUAAUUUGCCCAUCUAGAGAAUUAGCAAAGCAAACUUACGAUAUAAUUCAACAUUUUUGUAAGUAUUUGAUCAAACAUAAUUUACCGGAAAUACGAAGUUGUUUGGCCAUCGGGGGAGUUCCCGUUUCGGAAAGCAUUGACAUUAUUCAAAAAGGUGUUCAUAUUAUGGUGGCUACACCAGGACGUUUAAUGGAUAUGUUAGAGAAGAAAAUUGUUAAAUUGGGCGUUUGUCGUUAUUUAUGUAUGGAUGAAGCUGAUAGAAUGGUUGAUUUAGGGUUUGAAGAAGAUGUUAGAACAAUUUUUUCAUAUUUCAAUGGUCAAAGACAAACUUUAUUAUUUUCUGCUACAAUGCCAAAAAAGAUUCAAAAUUUUGCACGUUCAGCUCUUGUAAAACCUGUAACAAUUAACGUUGGUAGAGCUGGUGCUGCUUCAAUGAACGUCAUUCAAGAAGUAGAAUAUGUUAAACAAGAGGCAAAAAUUGUUUAUUUAUUAGAAUGUUUACAAAAAACACCACCACCAGUAUUGAUUUUUGCUGAAAAGAAACAAGAUGUUGAUGCUAUACAUGAAUAUUUGCUUCUAAAAGGAGUUGAGGCUGUUGCUAUUCAUGGAGGAAAAGACCAAGAAGAAAGAUCACGUUCUGUAGAAGCAUUUAGAAAAAAACAAAAAGAUGUUCUUGUUGCUACUGAUGUAGCUUCAAAGGGCUUAGAUUUUCCAGAUGUACAACAUGUUAUUAAUUAUGAUAUGCCUGAUGAUGUUGAAAAUUAUGGUAUGUAUUGUUAUGACUUUUAUUAAUAGUUUUAUAUGCUA